AUGCUGUGCUGGUUAAGGUCACUGGGACACCAACAACAACAACAACACCAACAACAACAACAACAACCAAGAACCACGACACCACAACCCAACACAAUAACACCAAGGACUACAACCCAACAGCUCAACAGCACAACAACCAAGGACAACAACAACACAACAACAAUCAAGGAACACAACCACAACUCAACAACACAGCAACCAACCAAGGAACAUAACCACAACCUAACAACACAACAACCAACCGAGGAACACAGCCUCACAUAUAACAACGAAAGACCACUGCACAAACAACACAAAAAAUCACAACAGCACAGAAUACAAGCAGGACAAUUGACCGACAACUACACAAAACGUAAAACAAAAAAACUCUCAAAACACAUUUACUUACCAAUCAAUCCAGUUACUCCGGGCUAUGCUGUGCUGGUUAAGGUCACUGGGACACCAACAACAAAAACCAAGAACCACGACACAACAACACAAAGGACUACAACCCAACAGCUCAACAACACAACAACAAUCAAGGAACACAACCACAACUCAACAACACAGCAACUAACCAAGGAACAUAACCACAACUCAACAACACAGCAACCAACCGAGGAACACAGCCUCACAUAUAACAACGAAAGACCACUGCACAAACAACACAAAAAAUCACAACAGCACAGGCACAACAACUCUAAGCAAAAACACUAA